CCCUGCGGGGCCCCCGCCUUGGGGCGGCUGUGGCCGCGGCCGCGGCGGCGAUGUUCUCGGUCCUGUCGUACGGCCGCCUGGUGGCCCGGGCCGUGCUGGGCGGCCUCUCGCAGACCGACCCCCGGGCGGGCGGCGGCGGGGGAGCCGGCGGCGGCGGUGGCGACUACGGGCUGGUGACGGCCGGCUGCGGCUUCGGCAAGGACUUCCGCAAGGGCCUGCUCAAGAAGGGCGUCUGCUACGGGGACGACGCCUGCUUCGUGGCCCGCCACCGCUCCGCGGAUGUGCUGGGGGUAGCAGAUGGUGUAGGAGGCUGGAGGGACUAUGGAGUCGAUCCAUCUCAGUUCUCAGGGACUUUAAUGCGAACGUGUGAACGCUUAGUAAAAGAAGGACGGUUCAUCCCAAGUAAUCCUGUUGGAAUUCUCACCACAAGUUACUGUGAGCUACUGCAAAAUAAAAUACCUUUGCUCGGAAGCAGCACUGCCUGCAUUGUGGUUUUGGAUAGGACAAGCCACCGGCUGCACACAGCCAACCUGGGGGAUUCGGGCUUUCUGGUAGUGAGAGGAGGGGAGGUGGUCCACCGAUCGGACGAGCAGCAGCACUACUUCAACACUCCAUUUCAGCUUUCCAUAGCACCUCCUGAAGCAGAGGGAGUCGUCCUAAGUGACAGCCCGGAUGCUGCUGACAGCACUUCUUUUGACGUCCAGUUAGGUGACAUCAUCUUGACAGCAACAGACGGGCUUUUUGACAACAUGCCCGAUUACAUGAUCCUCCAGGAGCUGAAAAAGUUGAAGAAUUCAAAUUAUGAGAGUAUACAACAGACCGCAAGAAGCAUCGCUGAGCAAGCUCAUGAGCUGGCAUAUGACCCAAAUUACAUGUCACCUUUUGCCCAGUUUGCAUGUGACAACGGAUUGAAUGUGAGAGGAGGAAAACCAGAUGACAUCACCGUCCUCCUUUCCAUCGUAGCUGAGUAUACAGACUAACUCACCUCAAUGUCAACCUCUGACUUUCCUCUUCCUGUGUAUGGACUGUUCCUGCUGGCAGGACCGCGUUUUCCUUUGCCGCUGAUCUCAAUGGCCAGUGAUUUACGCCUGUCGCCUGUCUUUUUACAACCCAGUUGAGAUCCUUGUUACGAACCACUACUGUCAUACUACUAGCUCAUGUCUGCCAGCAACAACUGAAGAAAACGCAAGACUUGAAGCUUGUCCUUCAUCGCUAUUUAUCCUUUGCAGGGAGAGGUGGAAGGAAGACCUUCAGAGCCAAAUAAAUGGCUGCUACUUUCAGAAUUCAGUCGGUGAAGUAUUGAAAAUGAGUAAUGUUGGUAGAUUGUAAUUCAAAACUAGAAUGUGUAAAAUUUAUUUUUUAAAAAAACCACCACAAAUCAUAUACUACUACAUCUACUAGAAAAAUGCAUUACUCAUUGAAGGAAAUGUUACACAUGAACCUUCACAUGCAUAGUCUGUUGUUGUAAGAUGAUAGAGUAUGUCUGUGUGUUUCUGGUAUAACCCCCUAUUUUUCAGGGGCUUAUAAUUCUGCUGUAAAACAUUGCUCUGAAUUCAUUUUAAGCUCUGGAUUCAUCUUAAAGUCUUGAGCCCAAGAGCCCUUUUAUUACAAAAUUGAGAGAAAAAUCAGUUUAAAUUCUUUGGAUGCAAAUGUUUGUGCUUUUUAAAAUGAUGCUUAAUUGUGCUCCAGUGACUAAAAUUUUAGUAGCUCAUUAGUCCAGAUAAAUGGGCUUUUGGGACAGUUUUGAAAAGCUGAGAGGGUUAGGAGUAGGAGAGGGGAGCCACUCCUUGCCAAGUUUCAUUGGAGGUCAGGGGAGAGGAAAGAUUACUCUUAAGGUUGUGAAACUCUUCAAAGCCCGGAGAUUUAAAAUUAUGGCUGAAACCCUGUUUAUCUGUCUGAAUGUGUUAUAGGGAAGUAUGCCAAUGUCUCUGUGCAGGAACGGGAGACUGGAGGGAGGGCCAAAGACUUGCAAAUGCUGGCUGUGCCCUUGAAUUGUGCUGGCUUCUGGUUACCUAGACCUUGUUAAGACCCACUUUGUGUAGCACACACUGCAUCAAAUUUAACUUGAUCCGUGUCAGCAAACACUUUUUGUAAUGGCAAGAGCACUUAAAGGCCCCAGAAACAAUUCUUUGUGAAAAUCUGACAUUUGCAGUUUCCGUAAAAGAAAUUUAGGGAUGUCAGAUUCAAACUUAAUGUUUACAGUUUCUUAAUAGCCAUUUUACAGCAUACUGUUUCCAUUUAAAUUACCUAGCAUCCAAAUUCUCCAUUAUCCGUAAGCUCACAUUUACUUUUGAGGCUCAUUUAAAAGUUGACUGCUGUAAAGCUAUAUUUUUGGGUCAGUUUUCCUUUUUCCAUUAACUUGGUGGUAGAAAGAUAUAUACUUAGAAAUCCUUAAAUUAAAGCCAUGUUUUAUAUAUACAUAUACAUAUAUAUAUAUAUAUAUAUAUAUAUAUAUAUAUAUAUAUAUAUAUAAAAAGUCAGGUAACAUUGGUGUUUAGAUGAGAAUGCAAUUAAACCAGGCAAGUAUCUACUUGAGGAGAAUGUAGAAAGUCUGUUUUCCUCUAAAGAAGAUCUUACUCUGCCUGGUUUAUUGCAUUAAAACUGUUAUGUUUGAGGUUACCUCAACUGGUUUUAAAAGAUUUUUUUUUUGUGAAGUUGUACUGUAUAUUUGCAAAACUGUAUGUCAGGCUUUGGUUUUAUUUAAAAAUUGUUUAACAUGUACCAUGUACAUGUCAUUACUAUAUUUCAAAGCAUCAUGCUUGUAACAGGCAUUUCAUUUAUAAUGAGAAUGAGUUAUUCAUUUGUAAGCCAUUCAGUAAUUUAUCUACUAUUCCUAAAUUGGCAUAAUGUUAGAUAUAUAUAUAUAUAUAUAUUUUGAAUCACCUUUAAUUACAUGUCAGAAUGCCUUAACUACCCUAACUUGAUAAAAAUAGCAUUCUUUGGUAGAGGGGAUGGGGGGGAGGGGAGGGAGUGUUAGAAUAAUGAGAAAUUGUAGUGCUGUGAUAAAACAUGGAAGAGUGAGUGUGGCACGUGGCGGGUAUUUAUUUUGCACAAACUAUUUGCAGUCUAUAUGUUUUUAAGAAACAGAAGGUUGCAUCCAGAUGGAUUUUUUUUGAAAGGAAUAUAUUCAUACUUAGGCUGAUGGCUUAAUUUCUUUUGUUUGGGGUUUUCAAUUUCUUCUGGUCUGAGGCAUUUGGCCUUAUGAUCUGGAUGUUUUUGCAUUAAUUUUCCAAUGCCUACAAUUUUGGUUCCUGGGAAGAGGGGAGCUGGCAAAUUACUGGCUACUCUCUGCUCAGAUUUAACCCCAAACAGUCUUUAUAGAGCUAGAGAGGCGGUAUUUUAUACAGUUUACUUAAUCAGUUUAAAGUCUUGCUUGACAAAUGGUUGUUAGAGAAUACAAUUGACAAUUUGUUCCCGUAAUGUUGAGAGGAGUUCUACAGUAGAAAUGCCCGAGUACUUGACCUAUAGAUUAAUGACCCAAAGUCUUUUCUCACUCUUUAUCCCUCCCUUCCCCCAGUCUUCCCUGUGCUAUUAUGUUAUAUCCACUCUUUUGUAACUAUUAGGGGGUUAUCAAUCAGCUCCUGCUUUCCCCCUUUCCCUCAGUGGUUCGAGAUUGUUUGGCCUUUGGGGGAUCCUAGAUCUUGGGGAAUGAGUGUCUGAGCUGUGCCACUUCAUGUGACUCUAAACCUGAGGUUUGUGCUAAUGAUAGCUUAAAUCAAGCAGUAUAAGUGAAGCCAUUUGCCUCAUGUAAUGGACUUUUAUAGCAAAAGAGAAAAUUUGGAUUUUUAAUUUACAAAUUAAAGAUUAUUUAUCCCUCACUGGAUGCACCAAAGACCAGUAAAGUUUAUAGCUUUUCCAUCUAUAUUUAUAAAGCAAUACUGUAUUAUAAAGAAUUAAUAUUUUUAUCACAUGCUUGAAAAUUUUAUUUUGUUCUGUUUGAAAAUGUGCACUCUAAACAUAUCAAAACCUUAUUUCUUCCUAUGAACUUAAGCUGCCUGCGCACAAAAAAAAUCUACUGAAUGGAGAUACAGUGGGGUCCAUGUGCUUUUUUUUCCUUUUUUUUAAAAAAAGCCCAGGGUAGAGAGGUGAAGAAAAAUAAGGGGAAAAACAGUAAUUUUUUUUUUGUCCCGUAAUAGGAUAAUGUAGUGGCUUGACAUGAUUGAUGGGUACUAAACCACAAAGAGAAUCCAUUCCAGGUAUGUUUGUUGGAGGGUUGUUCUUGUAUAAAAUAUUAGGUUCAGUGCUUUGCUUGAUGGAGAAAGUUUUCUCAGUUGAGGGAAUUGUUCUGAAGUAAACAUCCCACACCAAGUAACCAGACAGGAAGUGUGGGAUUUCUUUGGGAAAAGUGUUAAGGAUGUGUAGAGAAGAUGGGCUUGGACUAUGAAAUGUCUUUGCUUUCAGAUGUUAAUGAUUCCUGGUCAUCUUACUUGCUGUCUUUUGUUCAAACUAUCGCAUCCAAUUUCCCUGGGAAAAAGAAGUAAUACAUGUUUUGUACUUAAAGAAAAAUUUAAAACAUAAAUCAGAAUCUGAUUCCAUUUAUAGAACUGAACAUGUGAAGAGAGAACUAACAUGAGAUUUGGAUUCAAGUUAUAGGACAUUUGGAAAAAAAGUUCUGAACUGAAAAUCAGCUAUUUCUGUUCAGAGAUUACAACUAUAUCAAACGGCUUAUGGCAAAGUUGGCUAAAAUAACAAAGCAAAAUUGAAUCUGUACCUGUACUAAUGAGAAUUUUUUUUUCUUUUGAGACUAUCAUUACCUGUCUUACAAGAGGCAAGUACGUGAAUUGGAUGUCUGAAGUAUAACUUAUGCAGGAAUAGUUCUGUACAUACAUUUAAAUAAACUGUAAAGAUAUUUAAUAAAUAUAGUAUUUAUACUAAAA